AUGGACAGCAGGGACAGCAGGGCGCUGGGCCAGCUGGCAGCAGGGGCGUGGCCCCAGCACCCCACCGAAAAGCCGAAGGCGGCUCCGGGCGCGCGGCCGGGCCCAGCACGGCCCUCACCCUCCCGGGCCGCCCUGGGGUCCGGAGGGCGGAGGGUCUCCCGGGAGCUACCGUCCCCCUUGCCGGGCGGUGCGGGCCGCCGCCGGCCCCGCCGCCGCACGCCAGGCCCGGGACGGUCCGGGAAACCAAGGGAAGCCUCCGGGAGCGGAACGACCCCGGCGAGGCCCGGCGCGGGGAGGCCGAGGCGGCCUCGCGGGGGCACCGCCCCGCCCCCUCCCCGCCCGGCGGCGGCCCGGCCACCCGGGCGCCCCUCCCGCGCCGGGCCGGAGCGGCGGGCCCCACCGAGCCCUCCCACUUCCACCCGGGCCCCGCGGGCCGGCGGGGCGCGGCCCCCACCCCCGCCCGGCGCCCGCGGCCCUGCCCGGGCCUGCCCGGCGCGGCGAUCGCCCGCUGCCGCGGUCCGAGCCCGCGCGGCCCGGCGGCCCGGCCCGGCCCGCGCACCGCAGGACCCGCCCCGCGGGGCCCCGCAAACUUUCUCUCUCGCCUCGGGGCGGGGGCAGCGCCGCCCCCGUCGCGCCGCCCGGCAGCGAUGCCCCGCGGCGGGCCGGGCGGAGGGGGAGGCCGGGCCGCCCGCGUCCGGGCCUGGGGCCGCGGUCCGACCUGGCCGCGGGGACGCGGCGGCCGCGCCCGGACGCGGGCGGGCGCCCGGCCGGCGCCGCAGGGACACGCGGGCCGCGGACGCGCGCGCCGCAGUCCCCCGCGCACGCCCCCCGCGCGCCCGGCGCCCCGAGCCGCCCGCCCCGCCCGCGCGCCCGCCCCGGACCCGCGUCCGCGCCCCGACCCCUCGCGGCCGCGCGGCCCGGCCUCCCGGGGACCCCGGCCCCCCGCACCCGCGCGACGCCGCGGGGAAAGUUGCGCCCCGACUCACCCGCCGCCCCGGGGCGCGCCCCGCCGCCGGCCAUCGCCGCGCCCCGCCGCCCGCCGCGCCGCCCGCCCGCCGCAGGCCCGCCGAAGCCGCGCAGGCCGCCGCCGCCGCCGCCGCCGCCGCCGCCGCCGCGCCCGGGCUCCGCUGCGCCGUCGCGCUGCCGCUGCCCAGCAUGAAUGGGGCGCCGAGCGCCGCGCGGCUGCAGACCGGCCUCGCUCUCGCCGCCCGCGGAGCGCCGCGCCGCGCGCAUGCGCCGCCCGAGGGCGCCGGGCACUGCGACCCCCAAGGCGGGCGGCGGCCUCCGCACCCGGGGCUGGGAGGCCGAUGGGAGGCCUGCGCGGGACGAGGCCGCCGCCCGGUGCUGCCGGGCCGCGCUCCUGGUUACGUCUGCGGGCCGGGCGGCGCGGGCCGCGGGGCCCCGGGGUGCGGGUGCCGGGGUGCGCGGGCCGCGGCCCGCUGGGGCCCCGGGGUGCGGGUGCCGGGGUGCGCGGGCCGCGGCCCGCUGGGGCCCCGGGGUGCGGGGCUGCGGGGCGAGCAGCCGGAGGCGCGUGACGGACCCGGGCUGCGCUUCCCUCCGCGGGCAGCGGGGCGCAGAGCCGCGCCCGAGACGCCCCGGGCCCCGCGCCCGGCCGCCGCCGCCUCCUUAGGCGGCUCCUUCCCGGCGUUCCGGGGCUGGCGUCCGCCCGCCCCGCACCACGCGCCCCGCACCGCGCGAGCCUUUGUGCGGCUCGGUUCCGGCCGUGAUGGAAACGGGGUCACGCACGUGCGCCCGAUGCGGGGCGCGGCGCCGCCCUCCGCGUGCGGCCCUCCGCCCUUCCCCGGCUGCCCGCGAGCGAGGCCCGGGCGCCGCCGUGGGAGGAAGGCCGCGCUGGCCCGGCCCGGCCGCCCCUGCGGCCCCGGGCUGUGCGGCUUUCGGCCGGGAGGGCGCAGGACCAGGACCAUCAGAACCCAGCACAGCCACCUUGUCCCUCGCUCGCCACCUCCACCUGUGACUGUGCACAGCACCGAAGGCAGCAACACAGCUGCUUCCCCACGGGGUCUGCCCCUCCCCCAGUGCCAUGGGAAGGGCUCGCAGGGCCUCAUCCUGGGGCUGACAGCCGCACAGCGAGACCGACGGAAGGAAGGAGCUCUGCGAUUUUCUCAGCACCCAGAAGGGAAGCUCCCCAAAGCCAAGGACCUCAUCUCUGUUAUCAGGGGCACAGCUUGUGACACGAAGAGCGCUGAGGGUUUGCGGGUGCACCUGCUACCUGUGGACACGUGCCGGGUUGCCCUAGAUUGCGGCUGGUGGGGCCUGUGA